GUGCUGGCAUAGCUUGGUUGCGGCAGCACCGGCUUACAUAGGGCGAGGUACGGCGUGUCCUUGGGCCCAGACAGAGGCCGGUCGGUGCGGGCGGAGCCGGAGCCGGAGCCGGGGGCUGAGGUCGAGGUCACCGCCGCGGGCGCAGCGUUACCGGGGCGGCCGGACGGACAGCCAGUACUGAAAAUGGGAGAUAUUGAGAAGGGCAAGAAGAUCUUUGUCCAGAAAUGUUCCCAGUGCCAUACAGUUGAAAAGGGAGGCAAACACAAGACUGGACCUAACCUGAAUGGCCUGUUUGGACGCAAGACUGGACAAGCUGAGGGCUUCUCUUACACGGAUGCUAAUAAGAAUAAAGGUAUCACCUGGGGUGAGGAUACUCUGAUGGAGUAUUUGGAAAAUCCAAAGAAGUAUAUCCCAGGAACAAAGAUGAUUUUUGCUGGUAUUAAGAAGAAGUCUGAGAGAGCAGACUUAAUAGCGUACCUCAAAGAUGCCACUUCAAAGUAAAAGUUAUCUGCUGCCUUAUUUAUUUCACAAAGGAGAUGGCAAUGGAAAUGUCUGUGAUGAGAUUGGUUUUUAAAACUUUCUAUUUUUACACAUACUGUGUCUAACCUUAAAAUCUGUCUCACCCAUCAGAUAACGUUGCUCAUGGUGGGUCACUGGAGUACACGCUUGUUUGGCAGCCAUUAACUUAAUGGAAACUAUGUAAUUGGGUUGGUUUAAAUGACUAUAAUGUUCAGUCAGUGUUGAUCAUAGGAUUAAAAAAUAAGUAAAUAAACAUUUCCUGCCUCUUCAUUGCUUAAAAAAAAAAAAAAUCUAUAAUGAAAUGAGUAAUUGUCAACAACAUAAUAGCUUUGACAACCCAACUCUUCCAGAUUAAAAAGCAGGGUGGUUUCUGGCAUCUUCCACCGUAUAUCUUCUGUUACAUUACUUUAAAGUUUUAAAAUAAAAUUAAAAAAAAAAUAAAACCCCCAAGAUAAUAUUUUUCUAAAUUUAAUCAAUGCUAGGUGUUGUGAUAUAUAUUAAUCUGUCUAUAGCUUGCAGUAAGGAUGCAUUUCAUCUGACUUAAGUACUACCUGUGAAAUGGCAGUUGUGCCCAGCCACUUUUCUUUUAUCUAUGGGAAGUGCAUUACCUAAUUCAUCCAGACUUUGACAGCUGCAUGCACCAGUAGAGUAUAAAUCCCCUUCAAAACCAUAAGUUUGCUAAAUGUUAUUGAAACCCUUUGUUCAGUAAAUCUUCCAAAACUAGCCAUUCUUGGUGUAAUGAAUAGAACAGAAAGACAUCGUGUUCUGAAAAUACAAGUGCUAAAGACCAAGCUGAGUUACUCAAUCUUAAUUCAGCAGAAGUUUUCACGUAAAGUCUACUGUUACAGAAAAUUUCAGAUGAAGGGGUACAGGAAUGAAUGUGCUGGUAGACUAAAAGGAAACAGUCUUGCCAGUCUUCCUUGGUGCCUGGCUGUAGCCAACGUCAUUAAUUCUGAAAGUUCUGUUUUGCACAGUGUAAAGUGGUAUUUUUAAUGUUUUAACUGCAUUUUUUUCAUACUAAGUGAAUUGUUCAGAUGAAUGUAUUUACUGUGUACAGACAGUAAGGCGUAACUCAGAGAAAUCAGUACUGUAAAUUAAAAAAAUUAAAAGUCUUGUUUUCUGUA